AUGGCUGAUGGCAAGUGCGGCGCGGAGGAGGAGGUGGAGGUCGCCGAGCCGCUGGGGCGGUGGCCCGUGCUGUCCUACGGCGUCGGCCACAUGCUCAACGACAUCACCUCCGCCUGCUGGUUCACCUACCUCCUCCUCUUCCUCCAAGAGAUCGGCCUCGCCCCAAGGGACGCAGCGAUCGUGAUGCUCUCAGGCCAGGUCGCGGAUGGGCUGAUGACCAUCGUCGCCGGGGAGAUGAUCGACCGGUUCGGGCGCUUCAAGCUGUGGCACAUCGGGGGCUCGGUCCUCGUCGGCAUCUCCUUCUCCUCGGUCUUCGGCGGGUGCCUCCUCUGCACCAUCCUGGGCACCGACUCCUACCUCGUCAGGACCAUCGGCUACAGCUUCUUCGCCGCCGUCUUUAACAUCGGCUGGGCGGCCACGCAGGUCUCCCACAUGUCGAUGGUGAACUGCAUGACAUCCAACCCCACGAGCCGGGUGGCCAUGGCGAGCUGCAGAAACGCUUCCACCAUGGUGGCUAAUCUUGGUCUAUAUGGCAUCGCGUUGGCAGUCUUUGGAAUAGUGAAGGCAAAGACAUGUGCGGACAUUGUUGUUCAGUACAAGUGGAUCGCGUACGUGUCCAUCUUCGUGGGGUGCUGCUUCCUCGUGCUGUUCCACGCUGGAACGGAAGAGCCCACCUUGAAGUGCGAGCCUAACUGCAAGAAACGGGCUCGGAUCGCGUGGAGCUACUGGUUCAACAAGACCCUCUACUACCAAGUCGCCCUCCUCUACAUGCUUGCCAGAUUGAUCACCAACGUCUCUCAGUCGCUCAUCGCGUUCUACGUCACCAGAGAUCUGAAGAUGAACGAAUACUCCAAAGCCACCAUUCCGGCCAUCAUAUUCUGCUGCAGCUUCUUGGUCUCCGUGGUGCUCCAGGAGAUGAGGUGGAACAGCCGGCGGCUCAAGUCGCUGCUGACGAUCGGGGCGACGCUGUGGGUGAUCUCCGGCGCGGCGGUGUUCCUCCUCCCGAGCCAGAUGCACAACCUCAUGUACCCGCUGGCCGUGGUCAUCGGCGCCGCCAACGCGCUGGUCAUGGUGACCACCAUCGGGCUGGAGAGCGCGCUGGUCGGCGAGGACCUCAACGGCUGCGCCUUCGUCUACGGCUCCCUCAGCUUCCUCGACAAGAUGUCCUGCGGCCUCGCGCUCUUCGUGCUCGAGUCCUACGACGUCGCCUCCAGCUGCGGCGAGGAACGGGGGCUCAACACCGUCAGCAGGUACGGCACCGGGCUCAUCCCGGCCUGCUUCGCCAUCCUCGCCAUCCUCGUCGCCUCCACCCUCAGGCUGCAGGACGACGACGUUGCCCGCGCCGACCGGAGGGCCAGGGCUUCCGCCGCCGCCGGCGCGCUGGAAGCUCCGCUCCUCGUCUGA